CGGGCCCUUGUGUUUUUGUUAAAACCAAAUGUUACACGUGGUUUUAAUAUUUGGACAUUCUGGCUGACAGGGUCGAAAUGACAUCUUUAACCUUUCAUCUUUAUCGAGUUCCGCCUAAUUCCCUUUCACUGACAACUAAGAAGUCAUAUCCGUACCUUAAUUUCUUCUCUCUUUUGCUUCCUCAUCUGCGAUUCAACUCCCAGUCUUUGCUCAAUCACCUAACUUAAUCACUGGCUUUGAAAUUUCUCAUUUCUUAAUCCUAAAAAUUAUCGAAUUUGAAGUGGGUUUUUGACUUGGAUUGAAGUUCCGUCUAUCUAGAGUUGAAACUAGCAGAAGAAGAAGAAGGAGCAAAAGAAAAGAAGGAAGAAAUGAGUUUCAGGGAUGAUAGUGAAGAUGGAAGAGGGGAUCUUAGGAAGCCAUUUCUGCAUACUGGGAGUUGGUAUCGAAUGGGUUCUCGUCAGUCAAGCAUGAUGGGUUCAUCUCAGGCUAUUAGGGACAGCUCAAUUUCUGUUGUUGCUUGUGUUAUGAUCGUUGCUUUGGGUCCUAUCCAGUUUGGCUUCACCGGUGGUUAUUCGUCGCCUACGCAAAAUGCUAUCAUGAGGGAUCUUAAGCUUACUGUGUCCGAGUUCUCUGUAUUUGGUUCACUAUCAAACGUCGGUGCAAUGGUUGGGGCAAUAUGUAGUGGCCAAAUUGCAGACUACAUUGGGAGAAAAGGGUCUUUGAUGAUCGCUGCCGUACCAAAUAUCAUUGGGUGGCUUGCAAUUUCAUUUGCUCACGAUGUGUCAUUUUUGUACAUGGGAAGGUUAUUGGAGGGUUUCGGAGUGGGAAUAAUCUCUUACACGGUACCUGUAUAUAUCGCAGAGAUAGCUCCCCAAAAUAUGAGAGGUUCAUUGGGUUCAGUGAACCAGCUCUCUGUAACGAUUGGGAUAAUGCUGGCUUAUCUGCUGGGACUUUUCUGCAAUUGGAGAGCACUUGCUGUUCUGGGGACAUUACCUUGUCUGGCUUUGAUACCUGGUCUGUUUUUCAUCCCAGAAUCUCCUAGAUGGUUGGCAAAAAUGGGAAUGACAGAUGAUUUUGAAGCUUCUUUGCAAGUCCUUCGGGGAUUUGAUACUGAUAUUUCUCUUGAAGUAAACGAAAUCAAGAGGUCUGUAGCAUCAACAAGCAGAAGAACAGCUAUUCGUUUUGGAGAUCUCAAACAAAAAAGAUACUGGUUUCCUCUAAUGCUUGGGAUUGGAUUGUUAAUGCUACAGCAGCUAAGCGGAAUAAAUGGUGUCUUAUUUUAUACCACCAGCAUCUUUGAAUCUGCUGGAAUUUCAUCUGGCAAUGCUGCAACAUUUGGGGUUGGUGUUGUCCAGGUUGUUGCCACUGCGGUUGCUACAUGGUUGGUGGACAAAGCUGGGCGUAGGCUUCUGCUCAUUAUCUCCUCUUCUGGGAUGUCUGUUAGUCUCCUACUAGUUGCUGCAUCGUUCUUUGUGAAGGAUUUUGUAUCCAAGGAUUCUACCCUUCACAGUAUAUCCAGUAUACUCGCUGUUGUUGGAGUUGUGUUGAUGAUCAUUUUCUUUUCACUUGGAAUGGGACCCGUCCCUUGGAUCAUAAUGUCUGAGAUUCUCCCAGUGAAAAUCAAAGGUCUUGCUGGAAGUGUAGCAACAUUGUCAAACUGGUUCAUUUCCUGGGCAAUAACAAUGACAGCUCCUUUACUACUUUCUUGGAGUAGUGGAGGUAUGUGUCUUACUGCAUGAGGUCAAUUUUUGUGUUUAUUUAUUAUUGUUACCCGUCUUUCCAAAUUUCAGAAUAUGUUAGUUCUUCAAGUUCCGUAUCUGUUUGAAGUUAAGAUUUCUUCAAUGCUACAUUUUACCUUGUUAUAACUGAAUCAGCUAUUGAACUGGUUACAGUCAAAGAGAUAGUCUUCUCUUUCUUUUUUUCCCCCCCUUUUUUUUCACUGAUCGUUAAUUUUCUGUUCCAUUACCAGCGACAUUUGUGCUUUACAUGGUCAUGUCUGCUCUUGCGUUAGUAUUCACAGCGAUGUUGCUUCCCGAGACCAAAGGAAAAACCCUAGAGGAAAUCCAAUUCUCCUUCAGAUAGUAGCUCUAUCAUCGGAAUGCUACUUUUGUUCGUCAUACGUGUUGUUGUUGUUGUUGUAGUGGGGGUGGUGCCUUCAUAUUCAUUUUGCAGGUUUUUACCUUUGUUGUGUAGUGGCCCUUUUCUUUGGUGUUGCCUGAUUAUUUUUACACCAGCAAUAAACGGAGGAUUCCCAGAGCUUCUUUUGAGUCAAAUCAAAACUGUAUAAUAAUAUUUGCUAAAAGCAUCCGCGUCUUUUGUUAGCCAAUUUUGUAUACCCCGAGAUUUAUUUCUAUUACCUUGGUCGUUUUAAUGCGUCCUUCUACAAGAAUCUUGAUCUUAGAAAAAAAAAAAAAAAGGGUACAAAAAUUUCCAAUUGCUAUUGUAAUGGUACUUUACUCUAGCGUCUUUUACUCUACGGAAAAUGUAUUAUGUAUUCCUUUCCCUGCGUGAGUGAUGUGUUAUUUCAAGAACCAGUACCCAAAGGUGAAGUGCAACUUGCUAAUUGCUAUGCUUAGUGGUGAUUGAUGAAGUGUCUUGGUAAAACUUUCUACUUUAAGAAUGUACAGUCUUACCAAGAAUUCUGUAAAUGGACAACGAUUGAAUUUAAAAAGAUAUUUUUUCCCGAUAUUCCAAAAUAAUUGUUCACUUUGAAUUUUUUUUU